AUGACGUCGACAAGCGACAAAACUCAUGGGCCAGAGCUGACAGAGGCGGUCCUUAUCCUUCAGACUAUCGUACGAAAAUUCAUCAAGGAUGUAGAAAGCAAGCGUCAAAAUGUCUUCCAGAGUAUACCACAUGACCUAGCACUGAGUGGUGAAUUGGCAAUAGUCGGUAGCCUUUCAGCUGCUGAUGAGGAGACCAAAACCCAUUUGGAGAGCCUUUUCGAAGAGACUCUAAGAUUAGAAAGACAGCUUCGUGCGAUAGGUAAAUGGCAUCCACCACCAACAUCCUGGGAUGCGCCAUUGCCAACCGCUCUCGAUUUUGAAGACCUUUCGAGUACAAUUCGCAUUCUUCGCAACAUGAUCGGUUCCACGGCUUCCGCCAACCAGCGCACCCCCCAACAAACGUUGUCAGCCUACUCCUGGACUUGGGAUCCCGCAUGGCACGAGUUUUACACAUUCCUACCUACUCAAAACGCGUAUAUCUACCUGUCCCAAUGGAAACUGAACGAAGCAAGAGGCGUCUGGGAACAUGUAAGCAUGGCUGGAACAAACUUGAUGCCAAAUGACGCUGCAGAAAGGCUGGGUGCUUGGGAAGACUGGAGGUGGGAUGCAAUCGCCGGACAAUGGUAUCUCGAUAUGGGAUCAGAGUCCGGCGAGAAGAUUCAGACAUUUGCAAGUCCGUGGCAAAUACAAGAAGAUGGCGAGUGGGUAUACGUCGGAACGAUUGGACGCAUCGAGUGA